AUGGAGCCUAUCUUCUGUUGCUCUUCAAUCCGGCCAUAUCGUCCACAAAAGCUUUCCCAUGAAGCCAAAUUCACCGCCUUCAUGGAGCAAGCUACAGCUCUUGCCACCAUUGUUCCAACAACCUUCGACGCCGUUGCCCUCCUCAACAAAGAAACGUCCUACGUCGUCCAAGUCGUCCGCCAAGUUAACUAUGGCGCAGUCGAAUGGAAGAAGCAUUUUGCAUAUACCAAAGUAGACGGAGGCAGCAACUUCCAGGAGGUGUCUGAAAAGGACCUCAUCGACGCAAAUUAUCAGAAGCUCAACUCGUACAAGAACUUCAAAUGCAUUGCCCACAAUCGAUUCUUCGAACUCAAUAUCUAUGAGAAGGAUCCCGUCAAUAGACACCAUUGGCUUGCCAACAUUGCUCGUCCUGCAGGAGACAUCGAUCUU